GAUCAUCUUCAUGUGCAAGAGCCACCAACAUUUAGAGCUAGAAGAAAUUCUUGUGUGCAUCUACCUCCUCGCUUUCCACGACAACGACCACUCAUCUUGCACUUUCCCAUUCUCUUUUCGAAGAUACCACUUGUUCCUUCGAGACGAACUUGUGCUUGUGAACGCCUUCUACCCUUUUCGUUUCUGUUCCAUUCACGUGCUUUCAAACUUCAACAAAGUCAGCAGGAUCCGCAUCAUAAUUUUUUUGCUGUAUUUUCAAUCAUUCACAUCAUACGCGUCUUCACGUUCAUCUUCAUCGUUCAUCUGUAGUAGUUCAUGCGCUGAGCAUCUUCAUCCUUGCUUCAUCGUUCGAUCAUAUUUGAACAACAUCAUUUUCAUGGAUCAAUGAUUUCCUCGUCAUCCUUGUGAUUGCUUGCGCUUGAUCUAGUUCAAAGGAUCACGAGUAUCAACUUCCGACGAAAUCACGAACUAUUCACGACUGCCGGCUGCAUCACCAUACGCUGGGGACAAAAUGAGUGGCACUUUGCGAGAGAUGGCGCCAAACUUGGCGGAAUUGAUGAUGAUGCUUCCAUCAUGCACCAACGAGGAUAUCGAUGAGAUGCUGAGGUUUUUGAAGAUUAUACAGCGUGGGAGACCAGGUACUCAAAUUCGAUUUCUUUUGUUCACCCACACCGACACGACCCAGACCCUUGACCUGCCUUAUAAAAUAAGUGGGUCAACAUUCGAUAUGUGCCUGUGUCGACAUUCGAUUCGAUAUCUUCUUGCUCAAGAAGUAAUCGAUUCCCUUUCUUCAAAUCCAAAUCCUAUAAUUCAACUUAACACCACCUCAACAGCUGGAUCUGGCGGCCCCCCAAUGCAGCCAGGAGGAACGGCAUAUAGUAGGCCUCAACCUUAUGGUUACGGUCCUGUAGGGCUGAAUAGCGGAGCAGGAGGAACGAGUGGAGGGCCAGUGGGAGGAGCUAAUUACCCUAGCAUGGGAGGUGGCCCGGUGACGUCAAGGCAUGCGCCAGAUUAUCCAAAAAAACGAGUGAAGAACCCACAUCCAGAAUUCAAAUAUCAUGGGCGGCCGAUCGAAGUUAGUGACAUAGAAACGGUUACAGGCAGAUUGGAGGCAGCGAGUAUUACUAUUCUUGAUGUUCAUGUUUGCGCUUUAUUCUACCCAAAUGUUCAUGUUUACUUGUCGGUUAAAAGAAAAAUUGACAACCAACAAAUUCCCUCCCCUAACUUUCAGCGUGUGCGCUUAAGAUUAGUUCUUCUAUUAGCAAGGAUAGUAAAAUUGAAAAACCUACAAUCUAUCUCAUACACCAUUAUUCUACCCAAAUAAUAAUAAAAAAAUCUUCAUCAACUUUAUUGGUGUUGUUUUCCAAAUAGAGCAUCUAAGAUUAAGAACAGCAAAUGAAUCUCUUCUCAAUCAUCUUCAUCUUGUUCAAACUUGGUUCUUCCAACACUGCAAUUUCAACACAGCUUCACUCGACGAAUGCAAGCAGGCUUUAGCCGACUGUCAUAAUGACAAGUCCCUCUAUGCUGCGACGUAUAGUCUCUUUUCCAAGUAUUGCCGAAAUUGUUAUCUUUCUGGCGUAGGCUUCGCGAACGUCCCUCAGCACAGCGUGUCAGAGUGUAAAAUGCUAGGAACGCCGUGCAUGAUCGAAUGCCGAAACUGCUUAGAUGGCAUUUGUCAUUGGAUUGAUGACUGCCCGAUGAGAAAAUUAAGGGUAGGUUAAAGGUGCUUUUCUUACCGCUUUUUAUGCCUCUCCUAAGGGAGAAAGGCAUAACAAGCGGGGUAAGCGAGCACCAAAAGUCUACCUCUAAGAGCAGAAGCGGCUGCUCUCCGAUCUGGUGGCGGUGUGCCUGGGGGAGGAGGAGCUCCAGGAAUCCACUCAGCAAACAGAUUCAAUGAAGCUCUUGCUGCGUUCGCGAGAUCGUAGGCGUGGUCGUGCUCGUCGUCCUGAGCUGAUCUCCCAACAUGGCAUGCCUCAGACGAUCUUGCUCGUCAUACUGAGUCGUGCUUGAUGAGAUGACUUUCAUAAGAGCCUCCAAUCAAAUAGUUUACUUUGAAGUCUCCCCCGCUGUGAUUUGAAACUUCCCCAACAAGAACAAUUAUAUUCUCGAUGAUGUCCUUCCUCACUGUUCUCUCAAGUUAGUAGAACAGCAAUCACAGACAUACUCGAUUGCUGAAUGAUUACGAGUGAUUGAAAAAAAUGGUACUAUAACACUCAACCUUUUCAUUCUAUGACUAGGUCAAGAAUCAAAGGAGCAUU